UCAAGUACCAAAUACUCUAUCAAACACAAAUACAUGGGUUCAAUGUUUAGAGAAUUUUCGAAAAGAAGUGAAUUUGAUAUAUAAAAUCACAGAAAUUACUGAUAUUCAACAAUUACAAGAAGAAUUAAUAUUAUUUUUUGUUGG